AGCAUUUUGGAACGGAAUGAUCUGAACUUCAGACAAUUGGAAACAAGUUAGUAUAAGUUUUAUUUUACGGCCACUGCGUGAUUUUAUUUUCUGAAGUUUACAUUUUAGUAUUAGAAAUUGAGGAAGCAGUGACUCGGAUUAAAAGCGGGGCACGAGCGUUCCUUUGUGUAUCGGAAAAGACUCACUGUGGCGAUGCUGCUGGCAGCUUUGAGGCGAACGCUACCCCCUCCUUCCCGUUGGUCUACCUUCCCUCUGAGGAACGCCGCCGUGAGCGUGAGGUUCUUUGAGAGAAGCCCGGCCGCUCAUUUUCACCAAAGUAGAGCCAAAGCAAGUCCCGACCCAAACAAACGCGGUGCAGUGUUUGAGUCUGUGGACUUGGAACUGUUCGGGAUGGGGAUGUGGACUCUAGGACUGGGAGCCCUUGGUGCUGCCCUGGCAGGAGUCUUCCUGAUCAACUCUGACUUUUGUCUGCCCAAAUUUCUCCCUGCUUCGCUGGACCAUCUUGCUGACGCUGACCUGCGCUCCACCACUGACGAAGAGGAGCUCAUCAAAGCGAAGAGUCUCUGGGAGAAGAACGGCGCGGUCAUCUUCGCCGUGCGGCGGCCCGGAUGAGCUUUGUGCAGAGAGGAGGCCACUGAGCUGUCCUCUCUCAAGCCCCAGCUGGAAGAGCUUGGGGUCCCUCUGGUGGCCUUGGUGAAGGAGCGUGUGGGCACAGAGAUCCAGGACUUCAAACCGCACUUCGCCGGGGACGUUUACAUCGACGAAAAUAAACAUUUCUACGGUCCCAAAAUGGGCGGCGCGGGGGUGUUUCGUCUGGCUGCGUUGCAGAGCUUCUUCCGGGCCUGGAAGUCUGGUUACCAGGGCAACCUGAAGGGCGAGGGCUUCAUCAUGGGUGGCGUGUUUGUCAUCGGCGCAGGAGAUCAGGGGGUCAUACUGGAGCACCGGGAGAAGGAAUUUGGCCACAAAGUGGAAGCGGCUCAUGUUCUUGAAGCUGUUAGGAAAAUUAUUCCUCGCAAAUAAGUUUGCUAGAACACUAAAUGUAUAAAACAUAACCAGGUUAAAUAAUUCCAUCCAAACUGUACCUCUUACGAUUUAGAACACUAGCUCUACCUCUGCAGACACUUGAAAGCUAGACGGGUAUGAACACUGGAAUUUGAUUCCCGCAAGCUCACCUUCAACAUGUACAAGUGUGUGUUUUAAUAAUGACGACUUGGCUCAAAACUCCAAAGGAGAGGAGCAAGUUUGAUGCCUAAAAUGCACGUUCUGCAGAUGUUGAGGUCUGCUUGCUGGUUUGAGACGAUGUGACCCGUGAACAGUAGCAAUAAACGACGUUAUACUCAA